UAAAAAAUACUAAUAGUAACCACAGAAUAUAUAAAAGUUAAAUGUUGUAGUGCAGAAACGUGCAAUUGUUCCAUUUUUUAUUUUUUAUUUAAGGACUUUAAAUUAUUAAGUUAAAUUCAAUAAAUAAUUUUAAUUUUGAAUACGAAUAAUCACAGUAAAAAGAUGAAGAUUGUGUGAAACAGAGUCGAUCAAAUCCAAUUUUAAAAAAUAUAUUUUUUGAAUAUUAAAAUUUUAAGUGAAGGUCGAGUUUUUCAGCUCGCAUUACGUUAUUAUCCUGAUUGUAGUAAUACAAUAAAAUAAAAUAAAGGGGAAAAGAUGCGAUCAGUGUGAAGGGCGAUUGGGGUUCCCAGAAGGAUUGGUGUUGGGGCAUUAUACGACACAAGCUUAGGGGUUUCGCAGAGAAGAAGAAGAAGCUAUUUCCUUAUUGGUUUUUGAAAGGAAUUUGUUUUCUUUUUUGCUGUUUUUGGACCUCAAAUUUUAGCGGGAAACUUGUUCUAACGACUCUUUUAACAAAAGGUUGGUUUGUUUUUUUGUCUUUUUAAUUGUUUGGUUUCCGGAAAAGCUGGGGAAAAUCAAUGCGAAGCAUACCAACUUAUUUGAAUUAAAACAAAGCUUCUUCCUUUCUAUACCUAUAUCUCUAUUUUUUUUUUUGUAGUUUUUGUAAUUUGAGUUAUCUUCUGUUGUUUUUAUCGCAAGAUGGAUUAAUAAAGUAUUGGAAAAAAAUUUCUGUUUUGGAGCUCAGAAAAUGGAUUUUCAGUUGAACCAUGUUAUUGGGUAGCCCUCUUUUUUCCUUUUAUUAAUUUUGAAUUGGUUUGAAUUUCAUUCAGAGGGGAAAACAGAUUGAAUAAAUAUUGAUUGUGAUUAUUAUUAUCAUAGUUAUUUGAGACUUUGAUCUUCUUUUUUUUGUUGUUAUUGAAUGUCUCAAUUAGAUGUUUUCAAAUCAUUUUCAUCCAGAUUCAUAUGCAAUAGCUUUAUCCUUUUGGUUUAUCUUAACUUCAUCUAUAGCAGAAGAAGCUCUUUGUUCAUAUUAGGAAAGAUCAUAUGGAGGAAUAUCUUGUUAUUGUAGUAGGAAUAGCCUAUGUUGAUCGUGAUUUUUUUUUUUUGAAGUAUUUGCGUCCAAUACCCUUAUUUGACUAAUGUUUGAUUGAGGAUUGAUCUUUAAAGAAUCCUCUAAAUAUAUGAAAAUUUUGAAGAAAAAAAAUUAUUGAAACGCUACUCGUAUCAAAUAUAUCCAGGUCCGAGCAACAAUAGGUCCACCAUGAAAAUAAGAGGUAAGUUCAACAGUGACCUCCAACAAUGGCAAGAGUUGACAGCAUACGACUGAGUUGGAUGGAGGAUAAUGAUAUGAAAAUAAGGAUGUCAUGAUUGGGUUUUCAAUCUUUUUCAUACACUUGGAUACAAAUAAACCAUAUUUUCUUAGAAACCACUAAAUUGAAGUUGAUUGUGAUUCAUUGGUUGCCCUUCGAUGGAACUAUAAACUCUAUGAGCUUGGAAAGUUAAAGAGGGGAUAUCGUUGUUCAUCGUUUUUUCACUAUUCAUUUCUUGUCGAUGCCAAUGUCACCAUAGAUUUAUCAUCCUUAAUAGCUAAGCUUCUAUAGUGUUCAUAUGGAAGGGGCUAACUGCAGUUUCACAGUGUCAAGUAACUUGAAUGGUUAUUAUCAAGUUACUAGCGAAUGGAAACUUUAAAGGUUAUUUAUCAAAGGGAUUGGGAACUUUACUUCUGAAUUGUGUUUCUCAGUCUCAUACUCCUCAUUUUCUCCAAACUACUCAUAUCCGGCACUUAUUUAGACAUUACCUAUACUCAUAUUGUAUGCUUACCCGUAUUCAACAUUUAUCUCUAAAGCUGGGUACCAUAGCAUUUGAAUAACAAUAGUAAGUCAAAGGGAGAAAAGAGAAAAAAAAACAAAAAAACCUAUAUAUGUGGAUUUCAAAGGGAGAAAAGAGAAAAAAGAACAAAAAAACCUAUAUAUGUGGAUGCACUAUUGCAGACAGGAAAUAGUUACAAGGUAAUAAGAUUAGUUGCUUCAAGAGUUACAAGGUUGAUGAUUGUUGAAGCGUUAUAGGAGCUUUUAAAUGAUUCUUCUGAAGUUGAAACUACUCCUUUUUCCAGUUCAACUUAUGCAAAAGCUGCCUCCAUUUUCGAUUCAAGAAGCAUGGAAUCUCAAUUUGUUCCUUCAAGACGGAUGGAUAUCUAUGACCCUAUCCAACAGAUUGGCAUGUGGGGAGAAAGUUUUAAUGCUAAUAGCAAUCUGCAUGCAUCUGUAUCAAUGAUUGCUGAAAUGGAUAACAAAAUAUCAAACGAGUCUGAAACUGCUUCCCAUGAAAUGCUUGCACCUUCAAACAAGUAUGAUCAAGAGGCAACUAAACGUAUUGAUAAGAUACAAAGACGGCUUGCGCAAAACCGUGAGGCAGCUCGUAAAAGCCGAUUACGGAAAAAGGCUUAUGUUCAACAGUUAGAAAAUAGUCGUCUAAAGUUGCUUCAAUUGGAGCAGGAGCUUGUACAAAUGAAGCAACAGGGUGUUUAUAUGGGUGGUGGGUUAGUAGGUGGUAAUCUUGGAUUCUCUGCACCAGUAAAAUCAGGGAUUGCUGCAUUUGAGACAGAAUAUGCACGUUGGAUGGACGAACAAAGCAAACAGAUAUGUGGACUAAGGACUGCUUUGAAUGCCGAAAUAAGUGACACAGAUCUUCAAAUGCUUGUGGAAACUGGCAUGAAGCAUUAUUCUGAACUUUUUCGCAUGAAAUCAACUGCUGCGAAGUCGGAUGUUUUCUAUGUCAUGUCGGGCAUGUGGAAAACAUCAGCUGAGCAAUUUUUCUCAUGGAUUGGAGGGUUUCGCCCUUCAGAACUUCUUAAGGUGCUCUUGCCUCAGCUUGAUUCCUUGACCGAACAACAAUUCUUUGAAGUUUGUAACCUCAAACAAUCAUGUCAGCAAGCAGAAGAUGCGCUUUCACAAGGCAUGGAGAAACUCCGGGAAAUUGUGUCAGUUACGGUGGCGGACGGUCAACUCGGCGAAGGCAGUUACAGUUCUCAGGUGACUACUGCAAUGGAGAAGGUAGAAGCUUUAGUCAGCUUUGUGAACCAGGCAGACCACAUUAGGCAGGAAACACUGCAGCAGAUGUCUCGGAUACUAACGACUCGCCAAACAGCUAGAGGCUUACUUGCUUUGGGAGAAUACUUUGAACGUCUUCGAGCUUUGAGUUCACUAUGGGCUACUUGUGCUCGUGAACCUGCAUAAGCUUUACAGUAGACCAUCCUCCAUACAUGAUGGUUGAUGAUCACUGCAACAAUUGCGUUCAUAAAGAGGUGUCUCUUCGUAAAUGCCAUUAUAAACAUAAUUGCCUACAUUUUUUUUGAAGCAGAUUUCAGAAAACAAAGAUAUGAGAUGAUGUACAUAUGAGUAGUUUUUUUGUCUUUUUAACCUUGGGGAAGGUUGUGAUUAAAUCAAUUUUCAAUGAUGUGCUGUGCAUUAUAUAUACCCUUGAAAGAUAUAAAUAUGUAGGGUUCUGCAUAUACCAUGUUCACAAGACUUUCAUUCUCAUUUUUGGUCAUGGAUAUGAGAGAGAUGAUUCUCCAAAAUAUAUGAAAAAAAAUUCAGAAAA